CUCCGGAAGCAGCAGAAGAACGAGAAGGAGAUGGAGGAUCCGAACAAGGAUUCAAGCGGCGGCGAUGAUCAGGUCACAGUGACGAUCCACUUCGCUGAGCCAGAUCUGGUCUACACUAUCCACUACAGCGGUGGAGUGCUGGCGCAGGCAGCCUUCGAUGAGAGCGUUGAGAAGGGGAUCUCUCAGUUCCUGGAAGCGACGGGGCUGUCCAAGGAGGACUUUCUGAGCCAUCCGGAAGCGAAUCUGGAUGGGAAGACGGUGGCGGAGUGGGCCAAAAACGCUGUUCCUCGGGUGAUCCUCACCACCAAGCCGAAGAAUGGGCUUCUUCACAAGCUGCAGUGGAAGACGAGGGAGGCCCAGGUCGCCAGGCAAGUGAUGGGUGCCCAGGAGGAAACGGCGAGGCAGAAGGGUGUGGCGAUGGCCAGAGCUGUGAUGCUGAAUCCGCAGCAGGAGCAGCUGGGGCGGCUGCAGAGCGAGAAGAAUCAGCUGAAGUACCAGCUGCUUGCCGCGCAGGAGGAGCUAAAGGGGAAGGCGGAGUCCGAGAAGCAGCAGGUGAUGAUCAGGGAGGCCGAGCAGCAGCAGAUGAAGAUCAGGGAGGCGGCUCAGAAGGAGGCGAGGAAGCAGGAGGAGGAGGCUGCGAAGGUGGCGAAGAAGAGGCAUGACCAGCUGGUGAGCCACAUCGACAGCCUCCAGCGCCAGCUGCGAGAGAAGCGGGAGGAGCUGGACACGCACAAGAAGCUCCUCCGGGAGCAGCGAGAUCUGCUGGACAAGCAGAGCGAGCUUGUCCAGCAGGAGGUUGACAAGCAGCUUCUCCUCCAGCAAGCCGAGCACGAAGCCGAAAAGCUUCUCCUCCAGGAGAAGGUCAUGGAGAAGCUAGAGCUCUACAAUGCGGAGAGGCGCUACCGGGACAAUGACACAAAGCAGAAGAAAUCCCUCCAGAAGGACCUGGAGAGAAAGAAGGUGGAGAAAGUGACUGAUGAGAUGACGAUCGUGGGCCUGGAGAAGCAGAUAGGGGAGCUCAGCAGCAGGGUGGUGAGCCUGGACCAGGAGAAUGGGAAGCUCAGGAGCAGGGUGGCGACCCUGGAGCAGGAGAAUGGGAAGCUCAGCAGCAGGGUGGCGAGCCUGGAGCUCCAGAACUCCACGCUCGUGCAGAAGAACGAGGAGAUGAGCACCCUGUUCCUCAAGGAGAUGAUGGAGCUGCGGGACAUGAUGAGCACUCAGGAGAAGGAGCACAAGAUCACCGUUGGAGCCCUGUGCAAAAGGAUUGACGAGCUCGAGACCGGUCGCCCGGUCCCGGUGUAAGCUUCCUCUUCCCAUCGAUGGAUCGAAUCGAUCGAUGCCAGCUUUUUUCCUUUUAGUUUCUGGCUUUCUACCAUCGCCUCCUUUAUUUUCUGGUUAGCUACUACGUUUUGUACAUGAAUAUAUCUACAACGAUCCCCCUGGGAUUCUCGUCA